GAGCCACUGACUGUUUAUUUUUCUUUUUAUAUUUACAAUAAUUAUACAGAAUCUUGAUUUGGUAAUUUGUAAAACGCUCGUCAAAUAUAUAAAUGACAAAGUAAAUUAAAAAAAAAAACAAAAAAAAACGUUUGGUUAUAUUCUCACUGUAAUUAGCCUAUGCAUUGGAAUGGUUUGGUCAGCGCUGACAAAACAGUACUUAUUGCUCGUUACGAUGAGGAAUUUUGUGGAAGGAGGCUGUCAAUAAAACUUAGAAGAACCGGGUGGUGAUACGGAGCGAUGGUGACGAUUUGGCCGCUUUGUCCCAGAACGCGAUUACGCACAGCACGCGUCUACCUCACUCUCAGAUAGUUUGCUUGUGAGGCCCAUUUUAUUAUGCAAUUUCCUUUUCAGUCGCAUACGGGAUACAGCUUGCACAAGCGUAGCUUUUGUGAUGCAAAACAGGGGAGCCUCUUUCUAUUAAUUAUGUAUGCGUAAGAUGACUGAUUCAUAUGUCCGCGGUUCAACUGUCGCAUCUAGCACAUGUCGCAAUCUUGGCUUGGGGCUACGUUAAGUUUAGUGAUUUAUUCGUUGAUUGUACCUUUUAUUUGAUUACAUUUAGAUUAUUUAUCUCUGAUCACCUGCAAGUUACUGGCCUUUCAUAACAUACUUUUUGGCAUUAAAGAGGCUGCACCUCAAUAAAUAAAUAAACAAACAAUAAAUAAAUAAAAUCAAGAAAUCGUGAAAAGAAAGGAACAAAAAGGAAAUGUACCACUGCCUAUAUAUCACCUAACCAGUAAAAUUACUGAACAAAUAGCACAGUGGAUAGCUUCUUUGUUGUCAUUUUCCGUUGACGGACACCCCCACUCCCUUUUUAAUUUUAGAUUCUGAUGGUCUCGCAGUGACGGACGUCUCCUUUUGGGAGGAUCAGAGCUCCCGUAGGAGACUCACAAAGCCUAGGCACGUGCGUAUCUCUAUAGAAACCCAUCAGACCGUGAAAAAAGAGGUACGUCCCGCAGUGUGCCCUUGUCGGCUAGGAAGGGGCACCGAGAGCAUCGUAAUAUAAUAAACCCUCAGGUACAUCUGCUUAGCAAUCUGCAAAUCCUCCUACAAUUUCGGCUGAACCAAGCCUUCCAACCCUCCCACUUUUAAAUCCAUAGGGAUCUUAGUUCCAUCUGAUUGGACGGGGAUGAGGCAACAAGGGGCGAGAACAAUGUCAUCAUUUCUCCUUAAAAAGAGUGCUGCUAUGCCUUAGUGAUGAAAAGCAUCUCAUGUGGAGGACGGUCACGGUCGAACAGAACGCCCAGUCCAUCGAAGAUCCAGGUGUGUCCGCCAUCCUCUAAGCACUGAUAAGAGUUCAGUGCCAGCCGCAUCCUUCUGAAGUGCCUUCUCUUUUGGUGAGCGCAAAGAUGCCUCGAGGAUUUUUAGUGAAGAGAAAUAAGAAAGCAACACCUGUUUCGUAUAGGAUCCGCACCGAAGAGGAUGAGCUGGGAACGCAUCCUGUCAUGCCGAAUCCAAGCGAUGCGUUUACAUCCGCAGCUCUCGCAUCCAGCCCGAGUCGCGCUGCGGCUGCCUCGCCGAACAGGGAACCGGGCGGGGAAAGCCUAAGACAGGAUACAAAACCGGUGCAAUUUGGAAAUCCAGAGACAGUGUGCCAACCGCUCUACAGCCCCACGCGACCUGUCAGUAAAGAACAUGAGCGGGUUUAUUUGGAAAGACGUUUCAAUCUCGGUUCGCCGAUAUCAGCGGAAUCUUUUCCAACGCCAGCCGCGCUCAACAGCUUAGACCAGCUCUUGUUCGCUCCAGUGGACCUAAAAAUCGACACCAGUAACAGUAGUCGGAGCGGGACCAGCAACACUGUGUCGUCAAGUGCCUCCGGGAAUGCAACCAAAAGACCAUCAUCCGACACAGAGCGCAAAGGCAAGCCGGCAUCUAAAAAACCGAAAGCAAUUAGGAAACUGCAGUUCGAGGAUGAGGUCACGACUUCCCCCGUGCUUGGUUUAAAGAUCAAAGAGGCACCUCUGGAGCAGAAACCAAGGCCACAAUCCAGCGCGGGUGACAAACCUCUAGGCGAGUUUAUUUGUCAACUGUGCAGAGAGGCGUAUGCCGACCCGUUCGCUCUAGCGCAGCACAAAUGCUCAAGGAUCGUGAGGGUCGAGUACAGGUGCCCCGAGUGCGAUAAGGUCUUCAGCUGUCCCGCAAACCUCGCUUCACAUAGGCGCUGGCACAAACCGAAGCAGCAAAACACCUUAGCAUCAGGAAGCAGCUCGGAGAGCACCAAGACGCACGCGCCUGAUAAGGCCAACUCCGAGGACUUAAAGGAUGCGCGAGGCGAGAGCGACAGGGACACACCCAGCCCUGGACCCUCUGAGUCAGGAUCAGAAGACGGCCUGUACGACUGCCAGCACUGUGGGAAAAAGUUCAAACGCCAGGCGUAUCUGAAGAAGCAUAUUCUCUCUCAUCACUCAGCGAGUGUAAGUCACGAAAACCACGAUGCCUACUCGCCAUCCCAGAACGACGGGAAGCUGAAGCAGGUGCUUUCGACAGACCAAACUCCAAGCCAAGCACCCUUGAACCUGAGCGCUUCGGACUGUCACCUGUGCCCUGUUUGUGGAGAAAACUUUUCCAGCCGAGUCGGCCAAGAGAGACAUGUCCGCCUCCAGCAUUCAUCGCAGGUGUACCCUUGCAAAUAUUGUCCUGCAAUGUUCUACAGCUCCCCGGGACUAACUCGACAUAUUAACAAAUGCCAUCCCUCGGAGAAUCGUCAGGUUAUUUUGCUCCAGAUGCCUGUACGUCCAGCUUGCUAAGCAACAGUACAAAUGCGUGCCUUUAACACGAAAACCGUGGCCUAACGUGGGGGAACGACAAGGCAGCGCCAGGUGACUUUCAUACUUGAGUCAAGAAGGAUUUGAAAUCCUGCAUUGCGCUUGAAUUAUAUAUUUUCAGAUAGUAGUUUAUCUGAAAAAAGUACUGUUAGACUGUUAAAUUAUUUUUCUAGGAUCUCCGCACAAGUUAAACUGCAUUAGCUUCUAGACCUAAGAAAGGGAUAUCCUAGCUGUGCCGUUGCAUAAAAAUGCCUUUCAAUUCACAGGCCGCAAAUUUAAAUAUACCUAUAUAACUUUAGCUUUAAUAUAGCUUGUGAAUCUGUGGACUUUGGACUCUAGCUUUUUUCAGACCUUAAAAGGGUGCCCCCUCUAGUGUAGCCAGAAAUGCCUUGAAAUAGCUAUUUUACACAAGUUCCGCUGUAAAACUGCCUUAAUCAUGUAUAUGUCGAGUGAUUGAAUGUCUUAUUUAUCGUGUGCGCGUUUAAAUGGUAUGCUUUUUUUUAUAUUAUUACAACGUGUAUACUUUCACACUAACUUUAUUUAUCUAUGUAUUUAUUUAUUGAAAAUGUUUUAUUUAAAUUAUUAUUUCUUCGAGUGGUUUAUGUGUGAAGUAGGCUAGGCAAUUUCAAAUAUUUGUCAACAGCCAAAAGUCGAUUCAGUGGAUGCAUUUAGUACAUGGCGACGCAGUAGCCUAGACAAACCUCCCAACUGCUUUUAGAUAGAGUACAAUCAUUAGCCUAUUCCCCACAGGACAAUUAGUUUUCUAAAAUCACUACAUUUGUCAGUGCUUGUGUGUCUCUGCAGUAUUGCUAUAUGUCCAAAUAAUAAUAACAAUAAUAAUAAACAAUCCAAAAAUCUUA